AUCCCAUACAUUCUAACCAUUGUCCCCGCAGUCCGCCCUGCUGAGUGAUCAUAAGGUGAAGUGCGCAGUGAGCCCAAAUUUACAUGUGGUAUGAGUGGCCUAAACAGAAUCUAAUUAUUCUGAUCAUUCAAGACCAAAAUGAACUCUGCUUGCUGGAUAGUCAGCUCUUGUACAAGGACCAGACUGUGUCACGGACAAAGGGUUUUUAUUGAACAAAGGCGUUGGUUUAGAAAAGUUUCAAGAAAGACUGAAAGAGCCGAAACGGAGGCUUGGAGGCACAAUGGGUCACGAAAUCCCAUUGCAGAAUCUGCUCACUUUUCUCGUAUCCGCAUACUGAAAAAGAUGUACAAACCUUUUCUAUUCACUGUUGGGUUUUCAGGUUGUUCUUUUGGAGCUGCUGCAAUCUGGCAAUAUGAGUCCUUAAAAAAUCGAAUGAAGAAUUAUCUAGAUGACGUUCGAGCAGACUGGCUGGAAAAGCUACGUCCAGCCAAACAUGGGGACUUCAGAAAGCAGGUGAAUGAGUGGUACAACAGUCUGAAUGAUGGACAGAAGACUGUGUCAGGAAUAAUUGCAGCUAACCUUCUUGUAUUCUGUCUUUGGAGAGUACCCAACAUACAGCGAACAAUGUUUCGAUACUUUACUUCCAACCCUGCAUCUCAGAAUCUCUGCUUUCCCAUGAUUCUUUCCACGUUUAGCCAUUUCUCUCUGUUCCAUAUGGCUGCAAAUAUGUAUGUAUUAUGGACAUUUUCAUCCAGUAUUGUUUCUAUUCUGGGCCAGGAGCAAUUUUUGGCACUGUACAUGUCAGCAGGAGUUGUGUCUACAUUUGCAAGCUAUGUGUGCAAAGCAGGCACUGGACGCUUUGGCCCAUCCCUUGGUGCUGUAGUCUGGAGCAAUCAUGACAAUCCUUGCCAUGGUGUGUACCAAGAUGCCGGAAGCCAAACUUGCCCUCAUUUUCCUACCUAUGUUUACAUUUACAGCAGGAAAUGGGAGGAGAGUGUCCGCCCAUUUUAUUCUGCAGGUUUCCUGUCUCUGUACGUCGGAUCCUCCUCUCUCCGGUGGUGCUGUCAUGGGCUCUGUAAACUCAAAUUACCGGCUCUCAAGGUUAUCCUUGCUUUGGAUUCUAUGGGUUUGGUACUGGGCUGGAAGUUUUUUGAUCAUGCAGCUCAUCUUGGAGGAGCACUUUUUGGAAUCUGGUAUGCCUUGUACGGACAUGAGCUUAUCUGGAAAAAGAGAGAACCUUUAGUGAAAAUUUGGCAUGAGUUCCGAAGUAAUCCCCCAAGAAGUGGAGGAUCAUGACAUCCAAAGGCAUCAGAGCAACAGUGUGGCCAAGAUGACUACAUGGUGUCUCCAGUACUAAUCUGGAUAUAUGUUUUCAUUUAUUGCAUUGUAAAUGUUUGUGAUCUGAAUGAAGAGAACAUUUUUGAGGGACUAAUACCUAUUUCCUUGUGCCUUUUAAAACAGCAUUUUUAAACCCACAUUUACUUUUACAUGUUGUUUUUAGAGGUGUUUUUCAGCAUUUUCUUUAUUUAUUUUUUGGACCUGCAUGUGGUGAUGGUGGCAUAGAAACACCACAUCAUGCUAGCUUCUGGCGUCAUAAUAAAUUUGCAAUAAAGGUCAAUAAACACACCAAAACUGCAGAUGGCAAGAGAGCAUGCACUUAUUCAGAUUUAUUUUUUAAAAUGGUAAAAAAAAUGCCAGAGCCA